AUGGCUUACUCCGGCAUGCAAGAGGGUCACUAUGUUACACAUCCACCUAUAUUCAAUGGGUCAGAUAACACGUAUUGGAAGACUCGUAUGAGGAUCUUCCUUAUUUCCAUGGAUUUUGAGCUUUGGAAUAUUGUCAAAAAUAGAUUUCAGAAGUCUUCUCUUCCGAUGGCCGAAUGGGAUGAAUUAGAGAAGAAGCUUUUGACGUCAAAAUCAUUGACGCAAAAGCGAAAAAGGGCAGCAACUAUUGCUGCCCUCGCUGCCGUCGCAGAUGGUAGCACUGCCAUCUGCAUGCAGGCAGGCAGCCUGCAGCAACAGCCGCAAGGGCAACGAUGCAAUCAAGCAAUAGAUGAAGAGGUUAAUGCCAUAAAAACAAAAAAUGAGAGAGAUCACAACUUACCUAAAGGUCGUGAACCUAUAGGUGUCAAAGCCUGUAUCAGCCCAGCUGAUAUCAAUGCAGAGGAAACACUCAACACAUUGAAGUAUGCUAACCGUGCUCGCAAUAUUGAGAAUAAGCCCAUUGUCAACAGGAACCCAAUAUCAGAUGAGAUUCUAAGGAUGCACCAACAUAUCGAAUACUUGCAAGCAGAGCUAGCCUGUUCUCGUGGUGUAGGAACUGAAUCUGAUGAAGUCCAGACUCUUAAAGAGAGAAUCUCUUGGCUGGAAGCUACCAAUGAAGAUCUUUGUAGGAAACUCUGCGAGUACCACGGUCAACAAGCUAGUGAGCAUUUCGAAAGAGAUUUUCAAAAAGGUAGAACCUGCUUUGUGAAAGCAGAAGGGCUGAAGAGGAGCUUGCAAAGCACAGAAAGCUUACAUUUCCAGCUGGCUAAGAACCUCGGAGGUGAUAGUUCGAAGGAAUUUGAUGAAGAAAUAGCCAAAGAAUGGGAAUACGAAAUGUUGCAAGACUCCAUGGGCAAGGAGUUGAAUGAGUUAAAUAGGCAACUGGAGCAGAAAGAGUCUGAGAUGAAAACUUUUGGGGGAUGUGACACUCUUGUUCUCAAGCAACACUUUGGAAAGAAGCUCAUGGAGCUUGAGGAAGAAAAAAGAACAGUGCAGCAAGAGAGAGACAGGCUGUUAUCUGAAGUGGAAAACCUUUCUGCUAACUCUGAUGGACAAACACACAAAUUGCCAGAUGACUACCUGCAGAAAUUAAAGACCCUAGAAGCACAGAUUAUAAAUCUCAAGAAGAAACAAGAGAACCAAGUUCAACUUCUAAAGCAAAAGCAAAGGAGUGAUGAAGCAGCAAAGAAGCUGCAAGAUGAAAUACAAUUCAUUAAGGCUCAGAAGGUUCAAUUGCAACAUAAGAUAAAACAAGAGGCAGAACAGUUUCGGCAGUGGAAGGCUUCUCGUGAGAAGGAACUUCUACAGUUAAGGAAAGAGGGAAGGAGAAAUGAGUAUGAACGUCGGAAACUGCAAGCAUUAAAUCAGCGACAAAAAAUGGUUCUUCAGAGGAAGACAGAAGAGGCUGCAAUGGCUACCAAGAAGUUGAAAGAGAUGCUAGAAGCUCGAAAAUCCUCAGCACGAGAAAACCCUGUCAUUGCUAUUGGUAAUUCGGCAAUAAUUCAGAUCAAUGAGAAGUCCUUGCAACAGUGGCUUGAUCAUGAGGUUGAAGUUUUGGUACAUAUGCAUGAAGUUAGGGAUGAAUAUGAGAAACAAUGUCAAAUGUAUGUAAAUGGAUGCUAUUUUUAUCUUUUAAUUCCACUUUUGUAG